GUGUGUGUGUAUCCCCCUAAUUAUCAAUAAACCUCCGAUGUGAUUGUGUCGCCAGCCAUCACGAAUCAUCGUCUUUUUCGCCUACUACAAGAUCAUUAAAAACUGAAAACGUACCAUGUCGGAACAUGACGAUACCUUGCUGGACGAAGAUCUUGGAGACGAGGAAUAUGAUCUGGGUAAUGAUGAGGAAGAAGCUCUCCUAGCAGAUGACUAUGAACUAGAGAGGCAGAAUAGCUAUAAGGGAGAAGAGGAAACAGAUGAUGUACUGGACUUAGGAGUCACGGACGCGCUCGACGACUUAGAUGGUGAAGACGAAAAUAUAGAGUUUAGUAGAGGCAAUACUGAUAAACGUAGUGAUAACGAUUUCUAUAAAGAUGGAGAACAUCCGGGGGUACAGCCUACGUCGUCGUAUUACGAACAAGAUGAGAAUGCCGAGUACGCGAACGAACAUGAGGCAUGUCAGUCCGACAGGAAUUCAGAGUCUAAUAGCGUUAAUGUUUGCAAUAACAUUGGCAAAGGCGAUUUGCGCGAGAAACUGCAAAGAAACGUACAAAAAAAUAUUUACAUCGGCAACGGGCAAGGAGCAGAAGACGACGACUGCGAGGAGGAGAGGGAGAGACGAAACAGAUUUCAAAACGAGCGUACAAUCAUUUCUCCAAAGAUGAACAAUGACAUCCCGGACACAUUAGAGAAUGUAGUCACAUCGGAACCAUCCAGAGCGCCGUUCAGAGGAAGAGGAAGAAGUCGCGGUGCAAGAGGAAGCAGAGGAGGAAGAUUCAAUGUACAAAAUACCGGAAACUUUAAUCCAAGGUUUGUUGGUGCGAUACGGCCGGGUAGUGGUUUUGAUAAUCAGCCACCUGCGUAUAGACCGCCACUAAUAGAGACCAGACCUCCGUGUCUCCUGGGCAUGCCAAGUAACUUACAAAAUCAGCAGAUAAUGUACCAACAAACUAAUCCACAACAGUCCUUUCAACAGCCCUUUGGCCCGAACGGUCCGAUGCAAGGGCCGCCGACGCAAUUUACAGAGAAUAGACCGCAAUUCAAUCCCGGACAAUUCCAGGGCCCUCCACAGUUGCGUCCGGUCAGCUCGAGAGCGUCCGAAUACGGACCUAGAGGUCCCUUGGUGGCGGGAGGAUCCAUGCAAGGACCGAAUUUCAAUUGUCCACCCCAUCAGCCACCCUAUCACCCGCCAAUGCAACCGCCGUUUCAAAAUACAGGCAGUAUUAUGCAGGAGAGCCGGCCGAUGCAGGGUAAUCAGGGCCCUCUAUUGCAAGGAAAUCCGGGAGCAGGAUCGCUCCUCGGUAAUCCGAACAUGCUGCCUGGAAAUCCGCCAAAUAUGAUGCUGCCAGGAGGAAACUUGCCGAUGCCUAUGCAAGGAUUUCCGCGUCAGCAGCAACCGCUGCCAUCCUCCCAAGGUCCGCCCAUGCAAAAUUUGCCGCCAAACAUGCAAAUGCCUAGUCAGCCGCCCUUCGAAAACAGAUUGCCGCCGUUCCAAGAGCCGCAUUUUGAAAACCGGAACGCGUACGACGCGAGAGGCGGCGGUUAUCAUCCCGAUCAAGUAUCCAACAGUCCAUUUAAUAAUACGGUACAACCGGUACCGCAACAGUCGGCAUCUAAUGUGUCACACAGUGUGUCCUUACCUCCAGGCCACAAGAUUCUAAUCAAUCCUCACUUUAGAGGCACCGUUCAACCUGCAAAUGAUGCUCGGCUUGUUUGGGAUUCUAAUCAAGCCCAACCGCAAGUUUCUCACAGCGGGCAGUUUCCACAAUCCACGUCGUAUCAGAAUCAAGGACCCUAUAAUCAGCCCCAGCAAGGUCCGUCGCAGUAUCAGCAAAACUACCAACAGAAUAAGAGCGAUGAUCCAUACGCGUACUUUUCUGAUGUGUGGCAGGAAAAUAGACCACAGAAAUCUCAGAAUGCGAGCCCGAGUAAACAUUAUCCCUCUGAUAACAAUUAUUCCCGGGAGGGUAACUACAAUGAUAGCAAUAAGUAUAAAUCAGACAGCCAGUGGGAUCAAAGAGAUAAUUAUCAAGAAGAGCACAGAGGAUCUCAGCAAAAUUAUCGAGAAAGAGAUUUGCCGUUACGAACAAGGAAUGAUCAUGUGCAGAGAAGUAGAACGCCUCCUAGUGCAUAUCGCAACGAUUCCUAUGAUCAGAAUCAUACUCAGAAAUUUCGAUCGACGAACGCUGCGCCUCGUGGAGUGAAUAAGGCAGCGCAAAAAAGAAUUUCCGAAUCCUCGGAUAAAGAAUCGUGGGAAGUAAAUUCAAAGCGCAGUAAACCGCCUAAUAACAGAAAUCUUCAAGAAGUACGAAAGAUGGAUACGGCAAGUGAACCAGCUGCCGAGAAAAAAGAUGAAGAUAACGAUCCGGAGAUGCAAGAGUACCGCAAGAAAAUGGAAGAACAAAAGCGUCUUCGGGAAAAAAUAUUACGUGAAAAGGAGAACAGACGUAAGAUGGCCGCAAUGGAAAAACAAAAUGAAAAUGCGAAUGUCGAUUCGAAUGCAGCAGCGAAUGAAAACACGCAACAAGAAACGAAGCCUGUGUCAGCGCUAAUAGGAAUUGUGAAGGAUAACAUCGCUGUUAAAGCUCGCCCAGGUGUUGCUAAAGGACGCGGUCGUCCUGUCAAUACACAGAGCACAGAGGUCGCAGACAGACAGACGCAUAGUGUGCGUAUUGUCAGAACAAUACCAACUAUACAGACCAACGAUUUGUCAGACACAGCUGCUUCGAAAGAUAACGCUGGAUAUGUAAAUCAAACUGGUGAUUCGCGACAAGUCAUACAACAAUCUGUGAGAAGAGUGGUAAUACAAAAGCCACCUCUUCAAAAAAUUGCUACUACGAUACAGAAAACUGUUUCUAAUUUGCAAAAACAUCAAGGAUUGCAGCAUAAAGUGUCCAAUCCAACGCAAGUUGUACAAACUCAAAAGAUUGUACAAAAUCAAAGUACUGCGUUACAAAAGCCUGUGACAGUUGGAUCGAAAAUUGGGACUGUCAGUCAGAGAAUAGUAACUCACAAAGCAUCGGGUGGCCUGCAGAAGACCGUGAUCAACGAUGCUGUGACGAUUCAGAAAAUUGUAAGCGCGCAACAAAAUCCACAGCGAAUCGUACUGCAAAAAUCCCCCCUUCAAGGCAAAAGGUUGCCUGAGAUAAAGACGAAUACGGUCAGAUUAGAGAAUUUGGCCGCGAGUACGUCUGAGGCGCAAAUCAGACGUAUGUGUCAAGCCAUCGGAACGAUCGAGAGCAUACAUAUGGGCGAGGGUAAUGCGACCAUUGUGUUUAAGACACAAUCCGCUGCCAUGGUGUUUCACAAGAAAUACCAGCGUAAAAUGCUCGAUCUAUCGCUGAUAACCGUUCGUCUUGUGCCACAAAGCACAUCCGGCAAUAAAAUGGUAACGGCGGUCACAAAGAAAUCCUAAAGGAAAAUCGAAAUAUUUUCAAUAUAUCUGUAACGUUAAUUUGAUGUAAACCAGUUCUCAAAAGGCACUUUUCAUUUCAAUGAUUCAAGUUCAUUAGAUUUGUUUAAAGUGUAAAGUCUUGUUUAUUAUAUAUAUAAAAAUCUUUAAAAGAUAAAACACUUAUUAACUAUAUGUUAUACAUAUAUUCUGCAAAAUAUAUAUUACACCUCACAAAUUUGUAAAUUUUGAACGAUUUGGUUUCCAGUGCAGAACAAUAUAAAUGAUAAAUCUUAAAAACUUCGCAACCGGAUACGAUCGACUUCAUUUGUAUAUAUGAUGAGAAAUUGUAUAUUUCGUAUAAAAUAAUGUAUGAUGAUAUGUGCAUAUGAAAAAAUAAAGUAACUCAACAAUACACGGACAUAGAAGACAAAAAUGAGUAUAUAAAGAUUAUCAUAACGAUAUAACAAGAAUAUUUCCUGCAAGAACAGUGUAGACAGUGUUUUUCAAAAGGAAAUAAAGCCGCUCUAUUAAUUGCAUAUGG